UCAUUCAUGCUUAUGAUACAGAAUGUAUUCUGAAUGAUAUCAUUGACAAUCUGUGCUGUAAUCAAUAACAUUUGACAAACCAAUCUCAAAUACAUUUUUUAUUAAAAUAUUUCCCAGGUCAAGAAUAAGCACAUAUGUACCUUUUUAAAGGAAUAUCAACAUUAGGAAACAUAAAAUCCCUGUAAGUGCAGUUUUGGUGAUUUUGAUGUUUAAGUUAAAGCUUACAAAUGGAGUCGGGUGAGAAAACACCCUGAGAAGUGAAAUCCAACCACUGGGUGGUGAAAGCCACUGGAAAACCCACUGAAUGAGCUGAAAAAUGUAUUGUGGCCAACAAUAAAACAGACUGUUUCCCUUACACGCAUCAACGUGUGAGAAACUCGGCCAUUACACCUGAAAAUGACACUGUAGUAUUUGCCUUUGAGAUAUAUCAAAGGAUAAUUCCAGUUUAUACCUUCCUGGGUUUUAUUUUCAGAGCUUUGGCAGUCAUUCAUUUGACAACACGCUUGCAGAGAUCUGGGAAUUGGAUGAGAAAUCACCACAAUAAAGUGCAUCCAAGCAAGAAACACAAGUAUUGGAACAAUGUUAUUUAAAGAUAAAAACACAAGUGAGUGCAUGUGAAAUGUCUAUGCAGGAAAACUGUGCACGCACAACUACAGUAAGUAUGAUAGAUCAAAUAUAAACCAGGGAGCCAGCCUUUAAACUGUUUCUCCUUUAAAAUAAUUUGGCUAACCUUGUGGCUUAAUUAAAGCUGAUUGAUCAUGUGACAGUUCAUGUUUCUUGCACCAUUAAAAUGAACUGUUAGUGAUGUUGCCACAUUCCCAGAUGUCAUGAAUUAACUUGGUGAAUAAAAUGUUUAAGUUACAAAAAGCAAUGAAUUGCAAAACUAUGUAAAUAAGACCCAUGUUGUAAUUAUUCUUUAAUCUGGUCAUAAUAUCAACAUUCUUUGAAAUUCAACCAGAAGGGCUCACUAUGACAUGCGUCUCUAAUGAUUGUCACAUCACACAAAACAGCAUAACACAGUUUAUCUCUUUCAGUCUAUAUGUUCAUCAGGAAUCCUUCUUUAAAGAGAUGUUACCUGAAUUUCCUUAACCAUCCAACAUAAUUUAGAGUGUCCAUUAUGUUAUAUGUUGAAGACUUAGAGUAAGAAACACAUGUUGUGUAACAGUCAGUUGUGUGUUCACACAUGAUUCAGAUCUACGUGAUUAAAAUUCAAGAGAAGUCUGAACAGGAAGGACCAAAAGACACAAAUUUUACUCUCACUUCUCAAAAUCACUUUGCUUUAACAGAAAACAUCAGAAAACUCACAGAGGGAAUUGUACUAACAGCUUCAUCUUGGUAUUCAUCAUUGGUCUAGUGGCUAAUUAAUGGGGAGUGUUUAAUUCAAGUAAACAUGUUAGUAAUUCUGUUAAAAUAAUCCUAUAAACAUCUGUGCUAAAUGCCCAUGCAAAUUGUAGAUGAAGUUAAAUAUAACAAUGUUUAGUGAAUGAAAGCUCAAACAGCUGCUCUGCCACUUCUUUAGACUGUCUGACAUCUAGCUCUUUAUUGUAUAUUACUUAACACAUUAGUUCAUUUCAUUUCUGACCUUUGUGUUUGUUGUAAUGCUUUGUUAUUAUAUACAGAAAAAGUCAAAUAAACAAGUCUUAACAAGUCUUGAUAUGUGUGGGGAGAUGAUGUUCACAUUAUGUGGUAGAGGGCGGAGAAGCCUAGUGUCAUACACUCUGUCUCUAUUGGUUCAGGACAGGAAGAACAUGGUGUCCCACAAAUACACAGUAAGCAAGAUGUACUUCAUUUAUGCUUAUGAUACAGAAUGUAUUCUAAAUGAUACCAUAUGACUCUCUCAAUUUGGAGAGUCUACUGUGUCACCUGCAUUUUGAGUGAUACCAGUACAUUAUAAGCAGAUGCAGUACCGCAAUUCCUACAGACGUAGACACAGCGAUAAUCAUAACAAUUUCAUGGCACCGUCUUUGACUGUAUGUUUUUAUUUCCUGGUGUGUCAUAAUUUACUUCACUUGAAGGAAAUGCUGUCCAUUCUUGUAAGAGUAAUGUGAUGGUGAAGUUCUGACAGUCUGUGCUGUAAUCAUUAACAUUUGACAAACCAAUCUCAAAUACAUUUUUUAUUAAAAUAUUUCCCAGGUCAAGAAUAAACUGUCACUCUCAAGUAGUUGAAUAGCUACAUGUUCUGUGAGCAAUGGAAUAAAAUGCAGAAUAAUAUUAACGCUACAGAACAAGGAAAAUGAUGCAUUCGUGUGUCACUGAUGAUAUAGGUAUAGUAAACACAAUGUACCUUUUAAAGGAAUAUCAACAUUAGGAAACAUGAAAUCCCUGUAAGUGCAGUUUUGGCGAUUUUGAUGUUUAAGUUAAAGCUUACAAAUGGAGUCGGGCGAGAAAACACCCUGAGAAGUGAAAUCCAGCCACUGGAAAACCCACUGAAUGAGCUGAAAAAUGUAUUGUGGCCAACAAUAAAACAGACUGUUUCCCUUACACGCAUCAAUGUGUGAGAAACUCGGCCAUUACACCUGAAAAUGACACUGUAGUAUUUGCCUUUGAGAUAUAUCAAAGGAUAAUUCCAGUUUAUACCUUCCUGGGUUUUAUGUGUUAGGAACUUGUUAGAGAAAUGUAAUUGUCCCCUCAAUACACUAUACACAGGAUUGUCAUUGUGUUAGUGUUACUGGCUUUGACGAGCCUGCAUCAUCUGCAAAUCACUAAGGAGAUGCAAUUGCUGAUGGCCUUGAGGAGAAAUCCUACAAAAUCACAAUUCAAAUCCCUCACAAAAAUAACACACUUUCAAUAAGCAUGGUGUAAGUUUAGGCUGAAGACUGAAGUCUGAAGUCACGCUCCCACUGGCUUCAGAUUGGCAUUAGUUCACAAUCAUUGGCUCAUUCACAGCAUUGUGGCUGAAUAUACACAUCUUACCUAAAAGUGAGUUGUGUGUUUGCACAUGAUUCAUCUCCAUGUGAUUCAAAUUCAAGAGAAUUCGGAAUAGGAAUUCUUUUAAGAACCAAAACCGACAAAAUUUACUCUCACUUCUCAUGUUGCUUUUAUACAAAAACACCAACACACUCACCUAGAGAAAGACUAAGUACUAACAGCUGUCCAGAAGACAAUGAAUAACACAUCUUGUCCUCGUGUCAACUAUGAGUUUAAAGGCAGAUUCCUAUCGUCCGUUUACCUCUUAGUAUUCAUCAUUGGUCUGGUGGCUAAUGGAUUGGGACUGAAGUCUUUGCUGCAGAACUGGAUGAAACUAAAGAUCAUCAAUGUGUUUGUUCUCAACCUCGGACUUGCAGAUAUUCUGUAUCUACUCACACUACCAUUCUUGGUGGUGUACUACUUUAAGGGGAGUACAUGGAUCUUUGGAGAUGCAUUCUGCAAGAUAACAAGAUUCUGCUUCAACCUGAAUUUAUAUGGCAGCAUUGGAUUCCUUACUUGUAUAAGUGUGUACAGGUACCUGGCUAUUGUCCAUCCAAUGAGAGUGAUGGGAAGAAUAACUGUCACUCAGUCUGUGGCUAUCUCAGUCAUGGUUUGGCUGUUGGUGGGUGUUCAAAGUCUUCCAGACAUGUUCUAUGCCAAAACCCAAAGGAACAGAGCAAAAUGCUAUCAUACUACCACUGGAGCCUAUGUUGAGGAUUACCUGAAAUACAGCCUUGGAUGGACACUGACUGGGUUUUGUAUCCCACUCCUCAUCAUGCUGGGGUGCUAUGGGCAUAUAGCUUUAGUUUUAUGGACAAUGAAGAGAACUGACAAGGUACAAAAACAAAGAGGAUUGAAGUUGUUGUUCAUUUUGAUCCUCCUCUUUUCUGUUUGUUACAUCCCCUAUCACGUAGUUAAGAACCUCAACCUCUGGUCGAGAGUUCUGGACAAACAGAUGAUAUGCCGUAAAUGGUCUGCGAGAGUUUACAUCGCUCAUCAGAUAAGUCGUGGCCUUGUGUGUCUGAACAGUGCUCUCAACCCUCUGGUUUACCUCCAUAUGAAUGAAGAAAUUCCUGCUCAGGUCAGACAGCUGCUCCAGCGAGCUCGUCAGAUGUCCAACCAUUUGUUUCUAUCAAACUUAGACUCUGUCUCUGUGGCUCAAACUGCAGACGAAGUUUAACACAAGUAAACAUAUUUCAUGGUUAUUCUGUGAAAUAAAUCUGUAACUGUCCCUCAUAAUCAAAUUGUGCGCCUUUUCCAUAUUAUUUUCCCAUCAUUUAAUCUUAAGAAAUGAUUUAUUUCUUAUGUUUUGUGUAUAUAAAAAUGUGUUUUCAAUGUUUUAA